AUCUGUAGUUUAUCGUUAAAUCUACAGUUUAGUGCAGAUAUACGCCCACAAUAUAUAUUACAUCCGUAUAAUUAGUACAUACGACGCAUAUUAUACGAACACAAACCCGCGGGUUGUGCUUUACUCGUAAUUAUUUUUUCUUUGACUUUACAUAGUUUAAAAUCGCCUAUAUAGUAGCACUACUGGAUAAUAGUUUGAUAAAAUGAAGAGAAGCUUGGAAGAGUCCACUAAUUUAGAAGUGGAAGGAGCUGAAGCUCAUGAUUCCGCUGAUAAAAAUCCUUUACUUUCGCAUAUUUCGGAGUUUGAUGAAGUUCAGAAGAAAUUGCUUCAAUUAGACGAAGAGUGUGCAAAUGAACAGAUGGAGUUACAAAGAAAGUAUGACCAAAAGAAGCAACCAUUCUUUAAGAAACGUCAAGAAAUAAUUGAAAAAGUUCCGGGAUUUUGGUGUAAAGCCUUGACACACCAUCCAGCACUUAGCUAUCUUACUUCCGCCGAUUUGCCGAUUCUUGAGCACCUAAAGGGGAUAGAUUUACAAGACAACCUAGAUAACAACGGAUCAUAUAAAUUAACACUAGAAUUUUCCGAAAAGGCGAAGGAAUACAUGAGCCCCCUAGUUUUGGUAAAACAUGUGGAAUUCGAUAUAAACAAAGAGACAGUAAAAGAAUGUACAAAAAUAACAUGGAAACCCGGAAAAAGUCCAAUAGAAGAAGCUUUAAAGGCUAGAAACAAUGACAGAUGUAUUGACUGGUCAAUUUUUGAAUGGUUCACAGAGGAAGAAUGGGUAGAUCGUCCAGAUGUCGGCGAGAUAAUACGCAGGGAGAUUUGGCACGCCCCUCUAGCGUACUAUAUGGAUACUGUCGCCAUGGAUUAUUUUGAUGACGAAUACAAUAUUGUUGAUGAUGAAGAGCUCUAA